AUGGACGCGCUUUUGUCUCGAAAACGACCCCGCCCAACCCACUCCCCACCACCUUUGAUCGAGAGAGCAUAUUCUAUAAAUCAAGACAAGGAGGAUGAGGACGAAUCGACUGAUGUUAAACUGGCCAUUCUCUCCUCACUUCACCCUGGGAAAACACAAGCCGACCUGCUUGAGCUUCUAUUGAGUUGUGACGGUUCUGUGGACAAUGCAAUUGCUGUUUUGUCGGCUGCAGGGGAUAAUACACCGCACAUCGCGAAGCGACGGCAGACAAUUCCGGGUAUUCAGAGCGCACUCCCAUUUACAACGGGAAAUAAGAGUCCUUCAAAAUCACAUACACAACAGCUCACCAAAAAGGGGAAAACAGUCCACCUAUAUACCCCAAGAGACAUUGCAGAUCAUACCCCGUGCUCCAUCAUCCAUAACUUCCUCCCUACGAAGCUCGCAAAUGCUUUAAUUGAAGAGCUGAUGGUCGAGGUCCCAAGCUACGAGAGCAUCACGUUCAAACUAUUUGACAAUGUUGUCAAAUCCCCACACACUGCCUGCUUCUAUGUGGACAAUCUCGAGGAGCUCCAGCGUCAAAAGAGUGAGUACUAUUACAAUGGCAACGACCUCAUGGAUGUUCGCCAAAUCUUGCCAGUCAUGCGACAGGUCAGUGAUAUUGUAAGGGAUGCUGUUAACCAAGAAGUUGCCACUCGUAUUCGUGAUUACUAUCCUGACGGUCAAAAAUUGAAAUAUCAGACUCCCGCAACAUGGCAGCCAAAUGCUGCCUUCGUCAAUUGCUAUGAUGGCGGAGCCCAACAUGUAGGAUACCAUUCAGAUCAGCUUUCUUAUCUCGGCCCACGAGCAAUAAUUGGAAGUUUGAGUUUGGGUGUGGCUCGGGAAUUCCGUGUGCGAAAGAUCGUUCCAAAGGACGAGGAAUCUGCUAAGGACAGCACCAAGUCCAAAACAAGUCUUAAAACAAAUCCAUCUGCGGCUGAUGUAUCUGGCCAAAUUGCAAUCCAUCUUCCCCACAACUCCUUGCUCGUCAUGCAUGCUGAAAUGCAAGAGGAGUGGAAACAUAGCAUUGCCCCAGCUCAAGCAAUUACUCCACACCCACUUACAGACAACAAACGUAUCAACAUUACUUACCGAUGGUACCGGGAGGAAUUCCGUCCCAAAUACACACCAAAGUGCAAAUGUGGAGUUCCAUGCGUAUUGAAAUGUGUACAAAAACAGAAGACUAAUCGAGGUCGGUACAUGUGGAUGUGCCAAGUUGGGAAUAAACCAGAUGGAGGUGAAGGCUGUGGCUGGUUUGAGUGGGCACAAUUUACAGAUGACGGUGUGCCUGUAGGGUGGAAACAUGUCGUUGAUGGUUUGGACCAGAAAAUCCAGAACAAUGCCGACUCAGUCAUUGAAGAGGGAGCUGCUCAGUCCACACAUACCACAACAGUCAACCGGUGA